UACCAUCAUUCCCAGAAGCUUAGCCCCCCGGCCCGCUCGCCGCGGCAGUUGUGCGCGACCAACUUCCCCGGCGGCGGCCCGCUAAAAACAAAAUGGCCCGAGAAGAAGUAGGGCCCUUCUUCAAGGACGUGGGGCAGCCAGACCCGGUCGUCGGCCCACAUCCGAUCGUAGGGUAUUUCUUCCGGCGCGUGGAAGAGGCCCACCGCCUGGCCGCCGUCCACCGAAGCUUCAUAUACGAAAACGCGCAUCGGUUCCUCGGAGCAGUCCCGGAACGUAAACAACAUAACUCCUGUGCGCACGCACGACUCGACCUUGACGCCCGACGCCGCCACCGCCUCGGCCACCCGCGCAUCGACGUCCUCGUUUUUCGAAAGCGCCAGGCCGAAGUGGAGCUUCCACCCCACAGCAUUCGGCACCUCCAGCAAUAUGCACCUCGUCCGUCGAUUGAUGAAGAGCACCAUCGCGUGCUCGCGGCAGUCGAUCGACGCGUCGUCGACAAGAGUUAUCUGUUGGAAGGGGUCCUUGGCACAAUAGACCUCCUCGCCGUGGAUGGGCUCGAACAUGAGCGGUGCCGUCUGACUGUUCGUGAGCGGUGUCAGGUAGCUGGACAUGGUGAGUGCUUGGGUGCGCAGCAGUGUGCAGAGCAGGCAGUGCCUUAUUCGCAUGCGGGACGGUCGUGCGGUGCGAAGGCGUACUGGAAUAUGAUCUAUUCGCAGCCUGGUGCCCGUAAGCACGCCAGGCUCGAAAAGGGCAGCUAG